AUGGGUUCUUCUUCUCAAAAGAGGGUUGUAGGGUUACUUCUUGUCUUGAGCAUUUUCUUGGAAUUAAGUGCCAUCACUUUUGGUGAUGAUAAGCUUGAAGAGUUGAGGUGGGGUAAUAAUAAUGGUUGUGGUCGAUUUGGUAGGAGAGGUUGUGGUGGACGUGGAGGAUGGGGCGGACGCGGAGGACGUGGUGGAUGGGGAGGGCGUGGUGGACGUGGAGGAGGUGCUGGCGGAGGUUUUGGAGGCGGAGCUGGUGGUGGAGUUGGUGGUGGGGGAGGUCUUGGUGGAGGAGCAGGUGGUGGUGGUGGACUAGGUGGAGGAGGAGGAGCGGGAGGUGGACUAGGUGGAGGAGGAGGUCUCGGAGGUGGAGGUGGACUAGGUGGAGGAGCGGGAGGUGGAGUAGGUGGCGGAGGAGGUCUUGGGGGAGGAGCAGGUGGUGGAGGUGGAGGAGGACUAGGGGGAGGAGCAGGUGGUGGAGCUGGUGGUGGCGUAGGUGGUGGUGCUGGAGGAGGUGUUGGUGGUGGUGCUGGCGGAGGUGUUGGUGGAGGUGGUGGAUUUGGUGGUGGUGGAGGAGGAGGUGUAGGUGGAGGUUCAGGUCAUGGUGGUGGAUUUGGAGCAGGAGGAGGUGUAGGUGGUGGUGCAGGAGGAGGGCUUGGUGGUGGAGCUGGUGGAGGUGGAGGUAGUGGUGGUGGAGGAGGUAUCGGAGGUGGUUCUGGACACGGUGGAGGUUUUGGUGCCGGAGGUGGUGUAGGUGGUGGUGUUGGAGGAGGUGCUGGAGGCGGAGGUGGAGGAGGAGGCGGUGGUGGUGGAGGAGGAGGUGGCGGUCUUGGAGGUGGUUCAGGCCACGGUGGUGGAUUUGGUGCAGGUGGUGGAGUUGGAGGCGGAGCUGGUGGUGGAGUAGGAGGUGGAGGAGGAUUUGGAGGUGGUGGCGGAGGUGGAGUAGGAGGAGGAUCAGGUCAUGGUGGUGGUUUUGGUGCGGGUGGAGGCUUAGGUGGUGGGUCAGGGGGAGGAUUAGGAGGUGGAGGUGGACAUGGUGGAGGCAUCGGAGUUGGAAUUGGAAUUGGUAUUGGAGUUGGUGUUGGUGCUGGAGCUGGCAAAGGUGUUGGAGUAGGGAGUGGGUCAGGUAGCGGUGGUGGUGGUAAUGGUCGAUGA